UAAUCCUUCGUACGUAAGUUUGGGUACGACGUCGUUCUUGUGAUUUCUUAGUCGUCUUCCUCUUCUCCAUGAAGUGUCCGUUAACUUUGGCAUUGCUUUGCAAUUAAGCAAUUUACCCUUUCUCCAUCAUUCUCGAACCUCCUCUUUAUAAUUUUUAUUUUGUUGGCAAAAACAAUUAUUUUUGUUCCCAGAAUCUUAAAAUUACCUAAGCAUAAUUCAAUCUCUUUUGCAGAUUAAAGUGGAUGAUAUGGACAGACGUAACAACACAACUCAGGAGUCGAGUGACCCCUUUGUGGCGAAUGACAGUUCUUUGAGAAGCAAUAGGGGUAUCCCUCAGCUACUUACUUCUGUCCCAGCUCUCAAUGAUGCUGCUUCCUAUCUUGCUGAUACAACAUCAUUAUUUACUCGCUGUUUCAUGGAUUUUUCUGCUGUAGCAGAACCUGCCUCCAGAGGCUUAGGAGGCCAAGAGAUGGUUACAUUUGGUUCUGCAGAAAGUAGAGGAUCCCCCGCCUUCAGUGGUGUUUCUUCAAGUGGAAGUCAUUUAGCUGUUUGUAACUCAUCUCAGCCAUCUGUUGAUGCUCCGCUUCUCCAUGAAGGAUUAAGUAGAACCUUAUCUAGAGAGUCUUCUCAAAGUGGUAGUGCAACAAGGAACUCAGAGGAUCUAUCUGACAGUUCCUGUGCACAGGUUCAAUCAACGCAGGCCAGCCCAAAUGGCAUUUCUAUUUUCCAAGGCCUUAUAGAGAAGGUGAGAAGGACAGUUCGUGGGUCAGCUGAUGAUAUUGGAUGGCUACAGCGUGCUUCACAUAUGCCUCCUGUCGAAGAUCAAACUGAUAGAUUUGUGGAAAUCCUUGACGAUAUUAGGCAUGGACUACAUAAAUUACCAAAUUCAAUGGUUUACUUGUUAGUACCAGGUCUCUUUAGCAAUCAUGGACCACUUUACUUUGUUAAUACAAAAACAAGCUUUUCAAAACUGGGACUCACUUGUCAUAUAGCCAAAAUUCAUAGUGAGGCCUCUGUGGAAAAGAAUGCUAGAGAAAUAAAGGAUUACAUUGAAGAAGUUUAUUGGGGCUCCAAUAAACGUGUCUUACUUCUUGGACACAGUAAAGGUGGAGUAGAUGCAGCAGCUGCUCUGUCCAUGUAUUGGUCUGAUUUGAAAGAUAAGGUUGCAGGGCUGGUUUUAGCGCAAAGUCCCUAUGGUGGAAGUCCAAUUGCUUCAGACAUUCUGCGAGAAGGACAGCUUGGUGAUUAUGUAAACAUCCGCAAGAUUAUGGAGAUUCUCAUCUGUAAAGUAAUCAAGGGUGACAUGCAAGCUUUGGGAGAUUUGACUUAUGAGAGGAGGAAGGAGUUCUUGAGCAAAUACCACUUGCCAAAGGAGCUUCCUGUUGUUUCCUUCCAAACGGAGGCCAGCAUUUCUCCAGCGGUCUUGGCCACAUUAUCCCGUGUGGCGCACGCAGAAAUGCCAACUUUUUCUACUGCCCAGCCUGCUACGUUUCCGGUGGUGAUGCCUCUUGGUGCUGUGAUGGCGGCAUGUGCCCAGCUUCUUCAGAUCAGGUAUGGUGAGAAGAGUGACGGGCUUGUCACUUGUCGUGACGCAGAAGUCCCUGGGUCUGUGGUUGUUAGGCCAAAACGGAAAUUAGACCAUGCUUGGAUGGUAUAUUCAUCAUUAAACGAUGACCCGAUGGAGGCUGAUGCAUCUCAAGUUUGUGAAGCUCUUCUAAUUUUACUAGUAGAAGUAGGACANCCCCCCCCCCCGGGUUUUAAAUCGGAAAAAAAGGAAGAAAUGUGGUUGGAAAAAGAAGUGUCCGAAUAA